AUGUCCUCGCUCAUGUCGGCCACCUCGUCCACGGUCGUCAACAAGGCGCAGUGGAAGAACAUCCUUGUUGUCGGUGGCUCCGUCGCUGGCCACUCGUUCGUGAACGCGAUCGCCCCGAACCUUCCCCCCAACUACCGCCUGAUCAUCAUUGAGCGCAACGAGUUUGUGCAGCACAGCUCGUUCGUCGUGCGUGCGCUGGUCGCACCUGGCUGGGAGAAUGGCGACUUCACCGCCCCGAUGAACCAGCACACCGUGUUCCCCAUCAACAGCAGGCAUCGCGUUGUGUGCCCGAACCGCGUCGUCAAGCUGCGACGCAACACGGUCUGGCUUGAGCACGACUUUGAGGGCUCGGACGAAAUCGAAUUCGAGAAAUGCGUGAUUGCUACGGGAGCUCAGUCGCCGGUGCCCAUCCGACCUGCGCCCGGCUCGACGCUGGAGCAGUGGAAGGACGAGUUGCGCGCGAAGCAGGCCGAGAUGAAGGACGCCAAGUCGAUCCUCAUCGUUGGCGGAGGCAGUGUCGGAAUCGAAGUCGCGGGCGAGAUCUACGACCUGUACGGGCGCACGAAGAAGAUCACGAUCGUGCACUGGGACGUUGGACUGCUGCACCCCUCUGACUCGGGCGCGAACACGAAGCACACCUACGUGCCCCCGCGCACGAGCAUGAAGCUCGUGUCGGCGCUGCAGCGCCAGCUGACUGCGCGCGGCGUCGAGUUUGUGCUCUGCGACCGUGUCGACUUCUCUGCCGCCGAGGCCGAAGAGUGGGGCGGCAAGUCUGGCGCCCUCGGCGAGAUGAAGCGUGUCCCCCUCGUCUCGGGACGGUACAUUAUGGCCGACUACGUCUUCGACUCAACGGGCAACAAGCCCAACUCGCAGCUGGUCUCCUCCGUCGACCCCGGAGCGGUGACCACGAACGGCUACGUCUCGAUCGACUCCAUGUUCCGCAUCCGCGGCUCGCACCCUCAGUCCAUCUUCAAGGGACAGUACUAUGCGCUCGGCGACGUCGCCAACGCCCCGAGCUGGAAGACGGGCGUGGCGGCGAUGAGCGAGGGCGAGGCGCUCGCCAAGAUCAUGACGGCCGAGAUCAAGGGAUGGCCCGCCAAGCCCUACUCGCCCUCGAGCAAGCUCAAGGAGAGCACGGUGCUCCUCGGCUCGCGCGGCGGAGCGGCCAUCAUCAACCUGCCCAUCAUUGGCAACAUUCGCGCGCCCGACUUUGUCGUCGACCGGAAAUCCCGCGACUUCCUUGCGGACAAGAUCUUCUUCUCCCGCUUCCGCCAGCUCGGGUACACCGACAGCACUGUCAAUCUCUAA